UUUCUAUAGAGGACGGGAAUGAAGAGGGUCGAUAGAAAGAGUGUUCUGGGUACCAUCCUGGCUGGCGUGGUGACUGGUACACGCCCCUCAGUGCACUGAAUCAGCUGUGAGGGCCUCACCUCGCCACCAGCCGGCCCUCAUCCUGCACCACUGAAGAGUAGCAGGGAGAGUAUCUGUGCCAUGACGUAGCCAUGACCUCGCACCAGGAACACCAGCAAGCCAAAUCCACCCAGCAGCACUCCUCAGCCAAGGAUAAAAGCCUCACUGCACCCCAACACAACCCUCUUGCAAAGAACAAAGACUCCGGUCACAGCUUCAGUGAAAGUGAACCAGAUGUAAGCACCUCCAAUGAAAAUCUGAGCCCGGAGGAACGUUAUGCCCUAGAGCACACCCAGCGACAGGAGCCUCAGGGUCAGGAGAAUGUUAGCAGCACUGCCACCACCAUGGCCAACACACAGACUCCUGAUUCACUGAUGAGUGGGGCAUCAAGCAUGUCCAAUCACAGAUCCAAUGAUUGCAAUGCCUCCAUCAGUAGCAGCACAAACACCCUGAUCAUUCACAACUCUGUUAAUGAUGACUCAUGGCACUACCGCUGGGGUCUUGGAGGAUACUCUGGUUCUGGCAGGAAGUCGAUGUCUGCAAGUCUACUGGAUGGGCAAGACACAGGACCUUCGCAGUACACCAGUCAAGCUCACCAACUCAAUAUGGAAUCUCUCAAACUCAACUCUUCUCUACUCAACACGCAUCUCAUCGAGUCAUCAGCUGGAAAGGCAAACCUCUUGUCUUCUACACUACUUAAUUCCUCACUCUUGGACUCAUCAGUGCCGUCUCAGAAAUCACACGUGCCUUACUUAAGCCACAGCAGCAUUCCUGGGUCCCCAAAGCUAUCCUCCCGUGCAUCGAUGAACUAUCAGACAUCCACUGACCUGCCGGAUAUUCCCUCCUCAUACCUGGAUCAGUCUGAGGUUCUGAAGCACCUUUUGAAGCGUGAGGGGAAGGGGAGUGGAUGCAGUGACCAGAGUGCAUCGUCCUCAAACAGUGGCAUUAAUUUGAUCACAGAAAAUGGCAUGAUGACCAGAGAUUUGUCCCAGGCUCCUCUUUUUAGAGAUUUAGAUUCUAGUGGAAGUUAUGAUCUGUUGAAUUUACCUCCUCCACCGGCUUAUCCCAUGUGGCGGUCAAAGCAAUCAGAGAAAUCAGAGAGACAAGUGGAAUUUGGGAAUCAUUCAGUUGAAAAAGCCAGCUUGUCAAAGUCCCAGCCUGAUUUGACGAGGAUAAAUAAUGCCAAAGAUGCCUCUAGUCCCAAGGAGCUGCUGAGUCAGAGAGUUGUGUCAGGACAGACUGAUUAUGCUGAAGGCCCCAUGCAGGAAGUAGCAGAUUUAUUGGCUCAGGAAAACAGUGCCUUAAAGAUGGAAGUGGAUAUGUAUCAUAGGAAAGUAGCAAAACUUCAAAGGUUUGAGAUGGAGAUUGUGAAGGUUCAUGAGGCCCACCAGGCGCUGGUGAAGUCGUCUGAGCGGCGGGAGCAGUUGGAGCGGCUGGCCCGGCACAAACUGCAUGCUGAAGUGAAGCGGCUAACUGAGCUGAAUGCUGACCUCAAGGACCAGGUUGACGUCCUCAGCACUCAGAUUUCUAACCGUCCCAUGUCAAGCGACAGCAGCGAUGCACUCCGCAAGGAACUGAAUAAAAGAGACGUCUUAAUAGCACAGCUCAUAUCACAAAAUAAAGAGCUGAUUGCUGCAAAGGAAAGACAGGAAAUUGAGUUGACUGCCCAGAAACAAACUUUGAAUGAACAACGGUCACACAUUGACAUCCUGGAUUCUGCUUUGACCAACGCUCAGGCUAAUGUUGUAAAACUCGAAGAAGAGUUGCGAAAGAAACAGAACAUAGUGGAGCAAGCAGGGCAACUCAAACGUUUUAUAGUCUCCCUUCAGUUGGCGGCUGACAAGAGGGAACAGUCAGAGAAGAAUUUACGUUAUAAGCUGGAAAAAGAAGUGGAAGCACUGCGUCUUGGCUCCAAACAGGAAGAUCCAGGGAGCAAGAUAAGUGAUUUGCAACGUGAGCUUCGGGAGAAGGAAGAAAGGAUCAUGAUCCUGGAGGGUGAGGUCACCAAGUGGGAGCAACGGUACCUGCAGGAGUCAGCGAUGCGGCAGCUGGCCAUUGAUGCUGCGUCCAUGCCCAAGGACACCAAAAUUGCCGCACUGGAGAAGAGCAACCAUGAAAGUGAACGCUCCUUCAGUCAAGCCAAGUUAGACAAGCUGCGUCAGAUGGAGGAGAUUCACAACAUGAGCAAGAAGCAGGCAGAGUUUGAAGCAAGAAAUAGGGAAUUAGAAAGCCAUAUUGCAGAACGAGAUGCAAUGAUAAGGGCCUUGCAGCGAAGAGUUGAAGAGAAAGAGGUUUUGUAUCAAAAGGCUCUCAUGAGAACAACACUUAGCAGUGGAAAAAGUUUGGAUUGCCAGAGCAACAGCAGCACCAGCAUGGGUCACAGCACGCAGGCUUCCACAGUGCACUCCCACAGCAGCAGUGGGCUGGGCUGUGCUGGGGUCGGCUCCAGCACCCCAGUGACUCUGGGACAAGACCUGCACUCCCUUGGCUCCAUUGGCCGGCUGCAGGAGUCAGGAGCCGAAGGAAGGAGAAUGGAUAACAGUGAAGGAGGAAGCCAGUCUGCAGUGGCUGGCAUGAAAUCGGAGGCUCCAGGUUCUGAUGAUCUGCUCCUGGAUAAUGAAGAUCCAAUGCUUGGGAAGCUGCGUGUGGUGUGUUUUCCAGGAUUGGUUAAUUCAAGCUCUGCAGCUGGAGAAGGCUCGGUUUCCCAGUCACUAUUGGCGAGUGUAGAGAUACGUCCCUCAAUGCUGCAGCCUAGUCAGCAUCCUUCAAGUGAUUUAUCUCACCAUGGUCUGAAUAAGGGUCCAGAGUAUCCAAGUUCUGUACAGACCAGUUCCUAUAAUGACGUGUCUGGCCUUUCUCAUCCACAAUAUGAUUCUCCACCUGCAUAUGCUGCUGAAGCCUCAACUAUGUUUCCCUUGACAAGAAACCUAUCAGCCUUGAGUAUGGCACAGUCGCAAAAUCCAAAUUCAUUGAGUCAUCCAUCUGUCACUCAUCCACGAGGUGACCCACCACCAUACCAUGGCCACCAUGAGGUGCUACCACAGCAGCUAGCCAGUACUGGGCUGCAGGCACAUUCUUUUUAUCCCACUGAACAGCCAACACCUUUACUGCCAGAUACCUCACCUGUUUGCAUAAAACAAGAAAUGGUGUCUCCAAGCUCUCCCAGUCUUUCUAUAGAUGUGCCAUUACCCAGGCCACCUAUGUGCCGCAGUCCACACCACCCAACUGUUGCAUGCAGGAAGUGCAAUAGUGUACGCAGUAGUAACAGGCAAAAUGCUGCUAUUCUUGUGCGCCGUGCUAAUUCAAGUGUUGGACAUGGCUACAGAAAAUCUGCACCUAUGUCAGCAUGUCAGACAGAGAUAGACGCAGAUGACACCCCAAGUAUAUUAGCUCGUCUUAGAAGGGAAUGGGAAAUGGGAAAUAUUCCAUCAGUUGAGAGCUUAUCAGCAAAUGAGGCAGACUCACCAUCCCACGGCAUGUCAAAGAAUAAUCCUGUACAGACCAAAGACCACAGGAGAAAGGCCUCAGACGUCAGAGAAUACUCAUGUCAAGAACAACAAGCAUCCUCAGCCAAUGUGAAAGGAAAGGCAACACAACUAAGUGAUAUGAAAAGUAACAAAUCACCCGAGCCUCAGAAAAAGGAAUUUGAAUUGUCACAUCCCAGGGACAAGUUAGUAAAAGGUAAGUCCCUCCAACAAGAUCCAGCACCACCAGAGGGUCACUCACAAGACAAAACCUUGGUUAAAUCAAAAUCACUGCCAUCUAGUGAUACCAGUGAACCUCCUUUGGCCUCACCUACUUCACCUAAAACUAAACAGAAACUGUCCAACAGAAUUCAAAACUUAUUCAGUCCACUGCAUGGGUCUGCCUCUUCAGCCCAAACAUCAGGUAAUAAAAACACUGUGAGAGAUUAUCUUAAUAACAGAGUUAAUGAGGAACUUUAUAAGAAAAAUGACAUGAACUACUUCAAUAACAACCAAGAAAAUAAAACAGAGCUCAUAAUUUUGGAAGAUGCAGAUAAACUCAAAACUUCAAAGGAUAUUACAAAACCAUUGCAGGAUGUUAUCUGAUAUUUGAUCUUCAGUUGGAUUUUGUGACAGAAUCUUGAGGAGUAUGUUCUCCCAGCGAGAUAUGAAUCUCAUUGUCCAUAACUCCUAGAAAAUGAAGUUAAUGAGUUAACACUUCAUGAGGAUAGCCUGUGGUUGAGUAUUUCAAUUCAUGGGGUCUAAUUGAAGGUUCUUGUAAGACUCAUUAUUUCCAUGAAAAGUUGCUUUCUUUUCAUGUAACUUGCAGCUUUUAGAAGGAUGAUGAAAUCCUUCCACAUAAAGCUUGAUAAAUAUUAGCAGGAGCUGGUGACAAGUGUUAGCUCUAGUGAUGGAAGCAGUUCGUCCUGUAACAGUUUGAUGAAAGAUUUCACAUUCAGUAAAAUUAUUACUGACGAAAAUAUAUUGUGAAUUUCGUAACACCAAAGGGAAGAUUUUUUUUUCUAUUGUUUUUUUUUAUUAUUAUUAUUAUUAUUAUUAUUAUUAUUAUUAUUAUUAUUAUUAUUAUUAUUAUUAUUAUUAUUAUUAUUUAUUUAUUUACUUUAUUUUAUUUAUUUAUUUUUCUUUUUAUGAUGGUUAACUGUAAAGAUAUGCUUGGCUAGCUGUAUUUUAAAAUAAGGUUGUUGCUCAAUUUACACAUUAGGAAAAGUACCUCCAUAGUAUAUUAACAUGUUACUAAAGAACCAGGUUACUAGAGCAAAUAUAAGUUUUAGGCUUCAAGUGACACUUCCCUUUGAUUACUGGGUGUGAUGCAUUAGUAAUUUUUGGAGCAUAUGAACUUGACAGUUGUUUGUGGUUGCAUAAAUCUAAACCACAUUGUAUUCUGAUGCAGGACUUCAGGUAAUGAAGAGUGUGUAGAGGGAGCAAAGACUUAUUAAUGGUUCCUAAUACAAACUGGUCAGCACUGUGGUUGCAAGCUUUUAGUAUUUAGCAAUGUGCCAAUAUUAUGUGAUUGAUUUGUUCUGGUUGGUGACUGACUUUACCUCAAGUUGAUCCAACGUGGCCUUAAAGUGUCAUGUUCUCUUCAUAAAGCCAAUAUGUGACUGGCAGUGUUGGCUGAGCUGCCUUGGUUGUUAUGGUGGAACUGUAGAAUUUUUUUUUUUUUUUUUCCCUCAUGCAUACAGAAUUAUUAAGUGUUCUGUCUUGGUUCCAUAGCAGUAGGGUUAUGUGACACCACUCAGGUACAAAUGCAGGAAUGCACUAAACUAAAUAAAGUUGUAUAUCAUUGAAUUAUAGGUACUGAAGAUGCAAUAUAAUAUACCAAUGCUGGACUGAGGGAACAAAAAAUGAGUGACAGGGAUGAUAGAUGAGGAGUUGUGAAUACAUGAAGGGACACAGUCUUGGUUGGAGGUUCUCCUGCAUCUGGUGAGAUCAACUGAAUGAUACAGUUGCAAGAGAUAAGUCUAUUAUAGUGCAUCAGUGAUAAACCAGCUCUGCUGUUGGGCCUUGCUGCAUAUUUUGCCACUGCCUCAUCAUGCACAAUGUGUUUACUUAGGCAUGAGUACAUUCCUGCAUUUGUAAUAAGUAAAUAAAGCAUUGUUCUGUAUAGCAAAGCUGAGGCAAGCUGUGACUUUAUGAGAAGCAUUUGUCACUUUAUGGUCACACUGAGUCAAUGGGGUGUAAUGCUUCAUAGAAUGAGUUGCUGUGUGGAGAUAAGGGUGUUGCCCUGCCCUCCUUCUUGGUGUGUUCUGUCAUCUUUGGAAUAUGAAUCACUGCAGUGGUACUCUUGGCUAUGUCUGAUACUUUAAAAGCUGUCAGUUUUGUUGGACACUGGGUUAUGUGACUUUUUGUGUGAGUGGAACAAUGUUCCUUUUGCAUUAUGUAUAUAAAAAUAGUAGGCCUUCAGUAUGCACUUCUGACUUUUUAAUGUAAUCUACAGUUUUUAAGUUCAUUUAAAUUAUCUGUGAUCUCAUGACCAAACUUUAUUGAAAAGUUUAUACCUGAACUGUAAAUUUUUGUCUUAUCAUUGUUAGGAUGGUGAUGCCUCCCAUCAGUUUCAAUGCUGCAUCUUCCUGAGGAACACAGUUAUAUUGUCCCAAGGAACUAAUUCUAACUUAGCAUUUCCUGCCCAGCCUGCAGUGAGUGCAAAACCACUUCAGGGAUGGAGGUCACACUCUACACAGUGCACAGCAAAUUAUUGAACCUUGCAUUUAUAAUUUAAGCUGUAUUUGGACCCUGGUUAUUUGACUGUUCAGGGUUUGUCAGUAGGCAAAGGUCUUAAAUUGAACCUAGUAUAUAAUACUUGCAUCAAACUUUAAUAGUAAAGAAAACUUAUUGUAAAAAUAAAUUUCUUGUAUACAUAGGUUUUAUAGCAUAACCAUAUAAAUGGACAAGAAACAUUAUGUGACAACCUCUGAGAAUUGGCUCCUUGGCACUGAACAUCCAUUUAAAGAGUCCACCCUUGAAGUGCAUACUUAAAGUCUACUGAACAAAGAAUAAUUUUCUUUGUAACAAGUGAAUUUAUACAGGUGUACAUAACAUGGUUUCCCUUUUUCUCUUGAUAAUUCACUGACUUACUUAAGUUAGUUAUGUUUUCCUUCCAUUAACAUUGCAGCUUCUCAUAGUUGACAGUACGAGAUGAUAAUCAUAUUGAAGGGAACACUACAUGUUUCAACAUGAGUCUCAAUUACCAAUAUGAAUAUCUUAAUUUCUACAUAUGCCCAAAGCUAUUCAAAUUUACCCAUCCAUGAUCAGUAUUAGAAUACAUAUUCGUCACAGGAAAUAUACUCUUAAUGUACAUUGUCCAUCUUAAUUAAAAUACAAGUGAUAAGUUGAUUAAUAUUAAAAGAAGUACAUUUUCAAAAGGUGCAGCAUUGUUAGGUAUCUGUAUUGGAAACAAGUCUCCCAGCUUCUCCUUUCACAACUUUACAGUCACAUUGUUUGGUUUCUUUAUUAUUUACUUAGAUAAAAGUAAAAACAAAAGUUUAAUAAAUCUUAAUUCAAGUAACAGUGUGCACAUCUCAUUCUGUCCAUUUUGAUACUGUGUCCUGAACCAUGAGUGUGCCUUUCUGCCUGGCCAGAGUUAAGAAACCAGAGUGUGGCUGUGUUGCUGUUGAUGACUUGUUAAAAGGACAUCAAAAUCAUUAUGGCCUACAAUUUUAGACUGUGAUGUUUAAAGCACCUAAAAUGUAUCUCAGAGCUGGCCUCUGUUAUUUGACUUAGUCUUUGGACCUCACAUUAUCAUGUAAUGUGUAAUGUUUCUUUGGAGUGAAGAUGCAGUUUUUACUACUGUACAUAUGCUCCAUAUCUUUAGUGCAUUGCUUAAUUAUUCUUGUCUUAGCAUUUUAUUUUGGACUUCACUGAAUGGUGAUCAAUUGCCUCGUAAUCUUAGAUCUGAAAAUCCUUAUUUUUUUUUAGUAUUAAUACUAAAGCACAACAUCUAGGGAAAAGUGCUGUGACUCAAUGUUUUCCUCUGUUCUGAGUAAGCCAGGAGAGCUUUCCAGACCAGUGUGUAAUUUUCUUGGUCUUUUGGUGCAAGCUUAUUUACUGAAUACUGUUUGUGUAAAGUGUAUAUUUGAUGAGUGAUGUUUUCUCUCAGAAUUAUUUUGCAAUUACCUUAGCAAAGUAGCAGACAUUGGAGAUUGUUAAUUCAUAUUUGGUUUUCAUGGCAUAGAUAGCAGAUACAUUGCUGAUAUUUGCUUCAAUUUUUAAGUGAUCAAAUUUUUAAGAUGACAAAUAUUACUAAAAAGAAAAUAAUAAUAACUGUGCUACAUUACAGUUUGUUUAAAGUAAUGAUAGGAUCACAAGUUGCCAAGAAAAUACUCACCAUAAUUAAGGUAUUCCACAUUUGAGGAUGCACUCAUAUUGCCACCAAAUGGAAGAUUUUGAAGUGAUUGAUUUAUGGAUGUCUUGGAGAGGGAUGAGAAUGUAUGAUUUUAUGCUUUUUUAAGCCCUGCCCCAGAACUGUUAAGCUCUCCCCACACCCAAAUAAGGAGUUGAACAUAUGCUAUAGUUUUUAUGACCAUAGAACUAAUGACCAGUCAUAACAUUAUAUUAGAGGAAUGAAGCUUCAAAAUUUGUAACUAUUCAGAAAGAAAAGAAAAGAAAAAAAUAUAGUAAGCACUGUCUUGUAUUAGUAGUUUAUUAUGGCUGUCAUAAUUUUUUACUUAAAAUAAUUUUUUUCUUUGAAAGUCUCCAUGUCAAUUACAAUUAUAUAGCUUCUCCAAAGACACGUUAUUUUGGCCUGAGUGUAUGUUUAACACAGAAGAGUGCUAUACUUGUUUGUGUGUGAAUUUUCAACUCUUAUUUUAGCUUUACCCAAUUCUGUUUUGUGCUAAGUCUUCCUGUGGGAUGUCAAAAGUUGAAUAUGUGACUAGAAUGAUCUCUGCCAUGAAUGAAUGAUUUCCAUUUAAAAUUUUCAUUAUUACAUCAAUGUUAAAUACUUUAUUACAUCAUAUUGACAUCCUUGAGUUUGCUACUGCUUCAGUAAUGUCAGAUAUCACAAUUAGCAUAAUAUUUCAUGGGCUUGUCAUGUCUUCAUCUCAAUGUAUGUAUAUAUUUAUCCAUCUUGAGUAUUCUGAAUAAUAUAUUGUAUUUGAUCCAUGUUAUACACAAAAUGUUGGUUGAUCUUAUCUUUAUGCAAGGAAGUAUUAGCAUGAGAACUUGUAUGUUUUAAGCUCUCUUCCCUAACAGUGAGGUUCCACUGACUCCUACAUUAGGAGUUUAAUGUAUAUGUGGAGAUAACUGUUCCCAGAACAGAAAAAAAUAUAUAUUAUUAGACUCCUUAUUUGGGAGCAUAGCAGCUUUGGGGCAGAGCUUAAAAACAUAUGAUUAGACUUUUUUUAUCAGUCACUACAAAAUUAUGAUGCUUUGUGCUUAGAUGGAUUAUCAGUAUUACAUUUUUUCACCCUUGAUAUUAACAAAAACUGAACAAAGUUACCUGCCAUGCGAUGCUUUUAUCAGUGAAGCAGCACAUGCAGCCAAAACCAAGUGCCUUUGUAUCUGGUGAGCAGUGAUGGAAACAUUCUCAACACUGCCAGGUGGAACACUGUGAGAGUAAAGUCACAAUUAGCAUAGUGAUGCAUAAAUAUAUUUUAGAGGAAAAGUCUUUGUAAAUUGAAAUACCAAUCAUCAGCUCAUUAUUUUUCAAUAAAUUAGACUGUAAGUAUUUGAAAUUAUUGUAAUUAGUAAGAUAUAAGUAUCUUUUUUUUUAUAUAAAGUAAAAAAAAAUGUAUUUUUUGUAAUGCACAAAAUUAGAAUCUAAAAAGUAGUAUGAGAUAUUUUGGAAAGGCAUUGUUCUCAUGCUGAAAUGUGAUUAGUAUAACAACAGUUGAACACAUGAACUGUUGAAUGAUGAAAGCCAUCCAAGUACUGCCAUGGAUCUUGUAUUCUGCAUCCUCCUAGAUAAUGUUCUACUGGUAUCAUGCUUGUCCUUUGUACUGAAUGUUGAAAAUCUAUUGUGCCAUAUCCGUGGUAUGUUUAAGUCUAGGCGUGAGAAAGAGAUAAUGCUAAAUAAUUAUAAUGAUAAUUCAAUUAACUAUGAAGGCACAGUCAUCAUUUUAUUCCAAAUUUCAUCAUAACAUCCAUAAUUUUUUUAUGUUCUUGCAGAAUUAUUUGUAUUGCUGAAGACUGUUCUAGUGAUAAAUGGUGCUUUUAUUACAUAGUACUCUGCUUAUUAUGUAACUCUGAAGUAUGUAUUGAGAUAUAUUAUCUGGCUUAAUUAAUUUUAGGUAUUUACUUUUUAAUGUGACAAUAAUUGCUCACACAAGUUUUUCAUUUUGCAUGUCCAUAACAUUUCUUGUUGGUAAUGUAGUAAUUGAAUCAGAUAUUACUACAAUGAUGUGUGCAUUUGUGUCUGGUUCAUGCAAAGUGUAAGGCUUUUGUGUUAAUGGUCCUCAUAAUGUGCUUUACUUGCCAUUACUGCAAGAAAUAAUAAUACUCCUGUUUCCUUAAUAACAAUGCUACUACACUACUACUAUUACUAUACUGCUAUUAUUACUACUACUGCUACUCCUACUAAUUCUACUACUAUUACUGCCAAUACUAGUUCCAAUAACAUACUACCUUGCUAUAAGUUGGCCCUCUCUUAUCUCUGGAUAUUGCUGGACAGCAGUAAUAUUGUUUCAAGAAACAGCUUAAUCCAAAUGAAAUGUGCAGAAUCUUGCUGGAUGCUGAGAGGUCGUGCCAACAGUGUAACGUCUUGUAAUAUUUCGUUGUGAUUGGAAAAUAAUUUGCAGCUUUGUUAUGUGGGUCUUUUAUAAACUCACUGUAUUUACCCAUUAUAGUCUUACUGUAAAAAUGGACAGUGUACAAAAGUACCAGGUGCUAGUUAGCCUUGUUAAUGCUGUAAUGUCAUAAAUGUUUUCCUGUGACAUUCUCUUGGACUCCUUUCAUGUGGGGUGCUGGAUAAGGGAGGGUCAGCUAUCACCAAACUGCCACUAUAUCUCUUAUGCUACUCUUUCCCAUUUGUGUAUAUGUGUGUUUAGAGGUUGUUUUUUUUUUUUUUUUUUUUUUUUUUUUUUUUUUUUUUUUUUUCAUAAUUAUACUAAUGAUACUUCACUUUUUUUUUCUUCUUUUUUACUUUAUAUAUAUAUUUUUUUUUUUGAUGAUCAGUCUUGUCUUAUCUCUUAUCAAGUCUUAACUGUGGGACUGUAUGUGUAUAUCAUACUUUUGAUUGAAUAGUCUUUGAACCAAAGAUAACUGAUUAGUGAAUCUCAUAUGAUUUUUUUUUUCUUUUUUUUCUGGAAGAGGUAAAUAUGAUCUGCAGAUUUUGAAAGUAUCAGUUAUUGGUUUAACCUACUUUUUGGGAAGAGGACAUGGUGUAAUUGUCUUCCUUGCCACUGCAGCUGUUUCAGAUGUAAAUAAAAAACUAUAUACUUAAGAA